AUGAGGCUCUCUGUAACCCUGGCACCUUGGAUUCUCCUCCUCAUCCAGGAUAUUCUGCCUCUCACGCUGGCCCAAGAGAGGACGCUGCGCUUCGUCACGCUGGUGUAUCGCCAUGGUGACCGAUCCCCUCUGGGCACCUACCCCACAGAUCCCCACAAAGCUGCACCCUGGCCACAAGGCUUCCAGCAACUCACUGAGGUAGGUAUUUUGCAACAGAAGGCACUGGGGCGAUUCCUCAGAGAGAGAUAUGCUGGCUUCCUGAGUGCAUCCUACAAACCACAGGAGAUCUAUAUUCGCAGCACAGAUUACGACCGCACCUUAAUGAGCGCCCAAGCCAACCUGAUGGGGCUUUAUCCAAGCUCAGAUCCAGAGAUCAGCUGGAGACCUGUUCCCAUCCACACCGUGCCUACUAAGUAUGAUAAGCUGCUGAAGCCGCCAACCCGGACCUGCCUACGAUACCAACAGCUGAUGGGAGAGACAAUUAAUUUGCCAAGCUAUCAGGCUAAAAUGGAGACCUGGAAGGACUUUAUAAGAGAGAUGGCAAACCAUACAGGGCUUAAACAGGAACAGCUGACCCUGAGGGGCCUUUGGAGGGUCCACGACUCCCUCUUCUGCCAGAAAACACACAACCUGACCUUGCCUAGCUGGGCCACACCACAGGUCCUGACUACCCUUUCAGAGAUGGAAGCAUUCAAUGUCGAAGCCCAUGUGGGAAUGCAUGCAAGCAAGGAGAAGGCCCGAUUCACUGGAGGGAUAUUACUUGGCGCUAUCCUGAGGAACUUCUCCAAAGUAGUGUGCAGAGAUCUGCCCCUGAAGAUGAUCAUGUAUUCUGCUCAUGACAGCACCUUAAUCGCUCUUCAAGGAGCCCUGGGCGUUUACAAUGGUCCCCCUCCACCCUAUGCUGCCUGUCAUGGGUUCGAAUUCUACCAGGAAAGCAAUAACUCCUUCAGUGUAUCCAUGUUUUAUCGGAAUGAAAGCAGCCACCAGCCCCUCACAUUAGCCCUGCCGGACUGCCCCACACCUUGCCCACUGCCGCUCUUCAUUCAUCUUACAAGGGCAGUUGUCCCGCUGGACUGGGAUGCCGAAUGCCAAAACCCUCAGGCAGGCACAGGGCGCACAGUAACAGCGCUGGCUGUGGCAGUAGGCCUGCUGAGCACGGCAGUAAUAGGAGCAGGCAUCAUGUAUUGGAGGAGGUGAUGGGAAGAUGGGCUCGUGGCAACCACCAAUUGCCCUCAUGGGAAGAGAGAACAGCAUCUGGAUGCUGUGAAGUGUGGUCCAGUGGCUGGAGCCAAGGGGUGCAAACUCAAAGACUCCAUCCACAGAAGUUGAUGGUCCAAGCAGCACUGGCAAGAGGCACAUUUACUGUAGCGAAUUAUUAGGAGAUUUAAAAAUAAAGCAAGUAUUGC